AUGAAAUAUUUAAUUCCUCUUUUAUUAAUACUAUUUAUAUCAAUUGUUACUGUUUUUAAUAAAAAAAUACCAGAAAAUAUUGACAAUGGUAAAUGGAAAAAGCGGAAAACAGAUCCAAAGGAUCCAGAAGUAUUAAGAUUAGGAUUAAGGGGAGUAAACAGAUACAACAAAGAUCAUUUAUCCGCUAUGGUAAUAUUUAUAAACGUUACAGCAACUUACGAAAUUGGUGAUAUAUGCAAAAAAAACAAACGAGUUAAACUAAUAGCUAUGAUUCAAGAUAAAAAAAAAGAGUUUAGAAAAUAUCAAAUAUUUAAUACUACCCUAAAAGGAGAGUUAGAUGAUAAAAGAAAAACUAAUGGACCAAGACAAUUUCUAAAAACAACAAGGAUACCAAAAUAG